AUGAAGCCAACGAUUGCUGUCGUUCCAGGCGCCUGGAUUCCAGAGCAUUUCUACUCCCCGUACAUCCAUUCGCUAGAAAAGGCUGGGUUCGAAACUCGCUACGCCGAAUAUCCGUCUCUGGAGCCGCAGAAUCCUUUAACGGCCGACUGCGCAACAGACGCCGAAGCUGUUCGCUCCAUUCUGGAGCCGCUCGUGGAGACCGAAGGUAAAGAUGUAGUUCUUGUCAUGCAUUCUUACGGGAGCAUGCCCGGUUGUGCAGCCGCCAAAGGGCUGUCGAAGACGGAGCGGACUCGGGCAGGCAAACUGGGAGGAAUCCUCGGCAUGAUAUUGUUCAGCGCUUUCCUUGUGCCCGAGGGUUUGAGCUGUGCUGGUAUUCAGGGGGGUACGCUUCCCCCUUGGAUCCUGCUCGACAACCCUGCACCUGGUCUCAACGUCCCGAAGGACCCCAUCAACGUGUUUGCCGCUGAUUUCGAGCAUGGUCUCGCCAAGAAAACUGAACAGGAACUGAAACCUCAUUCUUCACUGGCGUUCUUUUCUCCCCAACCGCCAUCGGCUUGCGCAGACCCUGCAUUUAAGGACCGAUUGGCCUAUGUUGUGGCUACUAAUGACGUCGCGGUCCCGAAAGACGUUCAGUAUGCCAUGAUCGCAGGAACUGGGCAGCAGUGGAAGAUCAAAGAGGUCUCCCAGAGCCACUGUGCCCCGUUCAAGGUUGAUCUUGACGAGAAUGUGAAAAUUGUGGGGGAAUUCAUUGAGGCAUUUCAGGGCGUCUAA